AUGCCCGCUGUUGCGGCUAAAACCACGGGCCAGCCCGGGCGUGUGUGGCUUGUUGUGCUGACGAGCCUGACCACCGUCUUCCUGGUGUGGUGCCUGGACGCCCUUUUCGAGUUUCUGCCGCAUAGAUCACCAGGAAUAGAUAUCUACGGGAAUAGGACCCUCCUGCACAGGGUCGGCACGUUUGCGGCAGCGAAAAGCAGCGACGCCGCGCCGGUGCCCGGCGGCGCGAGCAGCGGCGGGAAACUCAGCGGCAGCAGCGGAACCUUCGACGGCAGCGGAGGGACGUUGAACAGCAGUGCUGCUGCGCGAUAUGACAACAUGACCAGGUGCGGUGUGCGCAUCCGCCGCUGCCGCAACGACUGGCUACACGAGUACUCCCGGCUCCACGCCGACAUCGCGGCCGGCCGCGCCCCGCCCCGCUGGCUCGUGUCGGUCGCGGUCGAGGCCGGCCUCGCCGACCGCCUGACAGGCAUGGUCACGCAGCUCUGGCUCGCCGUCCUCAGCCGCCGCGCGAUCGCCGCGCUCACCUACGGCGACCUGCCCGGCUUCGGCGCCGCGUGCGACGCGCCGCACUUCGACUGGCUGCAGCCGCCGCCGGGGCUGCCGCCGGACGCGGUGGAUCCGCUGAAGUACACCUACAGGGGCGUCCGCGGCUACGGGGGCGACAGGUCGUAUCCUCCAACCGUCAACGGCAGCGAGUACCACCCUCUGUACAUGAUCAACGCGGGCGACCUCAAGUGGAUGGAAACCACAAACCUGUCCAGGCUGCCGGAGAAGCGGCCCGAGACGCCUUAUGUCAUCUCCUCCUCCAACCGCGGCCGCUCCUACGCCAUCGCCAACAACCCCUACCACAAGGCGACGUUUGCGGAGCGCGGCGUGCCGCCGGACGACGCGUUCAUGUGCGGCUUCUUCUGGCUGUGCUGGCCCAACGCGGCGGUGCAGGCCUACUACCAGCAGUUCUGGGAGCCGCUGUCGGACCGCGCCGCCCUCAAGAUCGGGCUGCAGAUCCGCACCGGCGACGGCGUGUUCCGCGGGGAGGCCGUGUCGGACGCCGCAAAGGCUGCCGCCCUCGCGCGCGGCGCGAGCUACUUUGAGUGCGCGCAGGGCGUGGAGGACCUGCACAAGCUGCCGGGCCAGAGGGUCAUUUGGUUCAUCAACUCGGACUCUGUCGUGCUGCGCAUCGCGGCCAAAGAGAAGUAUGGGGACAAGGUGCUGACGGACACGGCCCUGAAGAUGGUGCACCCGGACUGCAAGGGCCAAAACCCGGGCGCGUGCGGGCAGUCGUCGAUGGACGCGUCGUUCCAGCACUCCCUGGGCAGCAUGAUCACGUUUGCACUGGUGGACUACCACGUGGUUACCGUGGACAGCGGGUUCGGGCGGCUGGGGUCUUACAUGUCGGGGCGGUGGGGCAACGACUACGAGCUGCGGCCGGGGGAGAAGUGCGACCCCAAGGCGCCGCUGCCGAAGAGCACCACAAACAAUUACUUUGCUGGGGUGCGCAAACGGGCCUGA